AUGGUAUUUUCUAAAAUUGAUUUCAAUAAUUUUGGAAAACAAAAACAAGUUAAGAAGGAAACAGAUCUCAAAAAGGUAUUGAAGCUAUUAAAGGGACAAGAUAAAAAAGUGGAAGGGAUGAAACAGAGUGGUGAAAUUGGAAAGGCUGUAGAAGUUAAAGAAAAAGCAGCAUGGAAAAAUGCUUUAGCUAAGGCAGAAGGUCAAAAGGUUAAAGAUGAUCAAAUUCUACUAAUGAAGAGAGUGAAGAAAAAGGAACAAAAACUGAGAUCUAUCAAGAAGAAAUGGGAAAAGAGGAUAGAAGUUGUUGAAAAAGCAAAAGAAGAAAGACAGGAAAAGAGAUAG